CCUGGGGCGCGCCGCACAGCGCCGUUUGUAGGAACACGCCAGCUCCCUGCGGCAGAACCAUUGGAGAGCGCCGGGAAAGGCUGGAGGCUUCAUUGUGCGGUUUCUGCUCUGCGGGAGGGGUUGCCAGGAGUUCCAGAAGGCCAGGAACUCUUCAGGAUUCCUAUUCCCAGACCUCUCUGGAGGAGCAGGCCAAGUCACCUGGCUUGGAAUCAGAGCCGGGGCUCUUGUGCCUGGGACCCUGUAUAGUUCUCAGUUGAGCAACAAUGUCUCCUAUAUUGAAGAGACCUGGAGAAGCCGGCUGUCUGUCCCCAGCCAAGCUCUCAAAGAGCUGCAACUUGAGAGGUAGUGGGAGCAGACAGCCGAGAAGAGCUGUGGGGGCUGUGGGCCCGAAGAGCAGCGUUCUCCAAAAGCCUCCUCCUCCCCCACCUGAGGCUUCACAGACAGAGGCUGUCUCUAGCCAAAUUUCCCUGACCCAACUUAAGGAAAUGCUCAAAAAGCUGAGCAGAUACUCUAAAGAAACCACUGUAGAGGAGGCCCCGAAAGCUAAGGAGGGGAAAGUCAGUCGCUCGACCUUCACCUUCACAGUCUUUGAUGAUGACUCUGAUGACGCCAACAGCCGGGUGCCUGUCUUCAAGCCUGAGCUGGUCACUGCCCACUGCUUCAGGUGGUUGAAGAAGAAAAACUUCCACCUGCCACAGAGACGCCGGCGGAUCAUCAUUGUGUCUGGCACAAAGGACCAGGUGCCAGCCCACCCCAAGCCCCUGCCUCAAGCUCCCCCUCCACCCAUACCUAGCUUUAAAGCUCUAGAUAUUGAAGAUAUCCAAGAGCCACCAAUGGACAGGAAGGUCUGGCUGAAGCAGAGGGCAGAGCUGCGGAGUCAGGUGGAGUCAUUUGGUGAUGUCAAGACAUGGGUGAAGAACAAGCCCCGCAUCACACCAUCGGAGGCCAAGGUUCUGCUCAUGAUUCGCCAGGAAAAACAAGCCUCCAAAGAAUUGAAGACUUUAGUCAGUAUACCCGAAGUGAAAAUCCCUAGCCAGAAGAUGCUGAAGGCUCCAGGAUAUCUAACUUCCAAAUUCAUCCGACAACACGCACCCCAGCUGCGACUGCCCAAGCCCCCUGUCCUGUCUGACUUGUACACCUACCUGCGGAGUCGAAAGCUCAAGAUCCUGGAUGUAUUUAACAAGGGGGAUCGGGGUGAGAACGAGCGAAUACCCAGGGAGGAAUUUAUCACGUCUCUGAAGGCAAUCGGAGUUCCUCUGAAGAACCAGGAGCUGGAGGACAUAGUCAUCUACCUCGGCACUCUCGGGAAGCAGAAUGCCAUCACCACAGAUGCCCUCCUCAGCACCUACAAGCAAUGGGCACAGACCCAGCAGAGAGAGACCGUGCCCACUGCCAGGGAGUAUUACAGGUUAUAUAUAAAGAAAAAUUCCCUGAAGCGCAUCUCCUCAGACGAGCAGGAUGUCUCAUACCCACAGACUCCCAAGAUGGACCUGCUGAAGGUGCCUGAGGUUGAUACAAAGAUGGAGGGGCGGCCUAUGACAGAGGAGGACAUGGAGGAUGUGGGCAGGCGUUACCGUGAGAGGCGAAGGAAGAACAAGCUCUGUCUUUCCUCCAUCCAAUACAUGGAGCGCUGCCGGCUGGUUCGAUCUGGGGUAAAAGCCUUUGAUGAGCACUGCCUGCCAUCCACCCUUUCCGGGGAGAUGGAGGAGCUGAUUAAUGUGAACCGCAGGAAUGACUUCCUGCUCUACCUGAAGUGCUGGGAAGUCUGCAAGGCCUACAAGCUCCCGCUGACUGAGGACAUCCUCAUGAGAGCACUACUGUAUCCAGGAGACAAGUUAAUUACUAUAAAAGACCAAGUCCGCCCGAUCCGGCAGCCUGGAGGCUAUUACCUAGACCAGAGGCUUGGUCGCAGUAUGGCUGAGUUUGGGGACCGCUGCCACCAGAACCUUGGGGAAAGGAAGACAGACAAGAAAACAUCAGAGAAAGUCAAGAAAAUGAACUUUCAGGAAUUCCAGGAAUUUACUUGGAAUCUGGAGAAGAAGGGGAGCAGCAGUAUUUCAGGCCCCCACCCCAAUAACUUCUGGCCAGGUCACCUUCUGGACAAGCUGCGGCUCUACCUGCCCUCUGUGGCCAAGGACAACAAUCUUGCGAUCUUCAGCUAUGUAGAACACGGGUACCAUGGCCAUGCUUACCCUGCCAGGUACCAGCCUAGGGACUGGUGGCCCAUGAGAGACAAUUCUUAUGUUACCUAUGCCUACCACGAUGCACACAAGGUGUACUUCCUUAACUAGAGUGGCCUGCGGUGUGCUGGACCAGGGGCCCGCAGCUGCAGGCGCGAGAUGUCAAAGAGCCAUACAAAAGCAUUCCCAGGGAAGGUCUGGGGCUGUGUCCCCUGAUGCCACAGUCUCUCGUGCCAUGCCUGGGAGUGUGGAUGUGUCCAGACCCACCCAUGGUGUGUUUUCUACCCUGUCAUGACCUCUGCCCUUUUAAAAUAAACCAGU